CCGGGUCAACACUAAUCCGAGCACUUGUGUGUUGUUAUUUAAUUUGCUAGAGGUACAUUUGUGAUUAAAGAAGACUCGAGAAUCCAGCCCCGCAGACGUUGAAGGGACAACAUGGCGACCACCAUCAGCACUCAGCGGGGACAGGUGUAUAUUGGGGAGCUUCCCCAGGACUUCCUGCGGAUCACUCCCACCCAGCAGCAGCAGCAGGUGCAGCUGGACGCCCAGGCAGCCAGGCAACUGCAGUAUGGAGGCUCAAUAGGCACUGUGGGGCGGCUCAGCAUCACGGUGGUCCAGGCCAAGCUGGCUAAAAACUAUGGCAUGACACGGAUGGAUCCGUACUGUAGGAUCCGACUGGGCUACGCAGUCUACGAGACGCCGACCGCUCACAACGGAGCCAAGAACCCACGGUGGAACAAGGUGAUCCAGUGCACAGUGCCUCCUGGGGUGGACUCCUUCUAUCUGGAGAUCUUCGAUGAGAGAGCGUUUUCCAUGGACGACAGGAUAGCAUGGACACAUGUGACCAUCCCUGAAGGCCUGAGGGAGGGCAGCGUGGUGGAUGAGUGGUUCAGCCUCAGUGGCAGGCAGGGCGAUGACAAGGAGGGCAUGAUCAACCUGGUCAUGUCUUUUGCUUCGUUACCAGCAGGGAUGAUGACUCAGCCUGUCGUCCUAAUGCCCUCUGUGUAUCAGCAAGGAGUCGGAUAUGUGCCCAUUGCAGGAGUGCCUACAGUCUACAACCAGGGCAUGGUGCCCAUGGCAAUGCCAGCAGCCAUGCCAGCUGUUGGGGUCCAGGGGCCGGUGUGCAGCGAGGAGGACCUGAAGGCUCUGCAGGAAAUGUUCCCCAACGUGGACAAGGAAGUGGUUCGCACUGUGCUGGAUGCACAGCAGGGCAACAAGGACGCUGCCAUCAAUUCUCUGCUGCAAAUGGCUGAGGAGCUCUAACUGCAAAACACAAGCUCACAGUGGACAUCCCAACACACACACACGCACACAUGUAUGCAUGCAGCCCUCCCACACACACACACACACACACACAAAGUCCCACAGUGUGGCUGUGACUGCAGCCACACCUGAGCUCCCUCCAGCUCCAGCAGCUGGUAGCAACAGAGAUCAGCAUCCUCUCCCUUUAUUGACUUUGGCCUAACAGUACAUGAAGCCUGGCCUUUCUCUGCUAACACACAGCUGUCUGUCACUGGAUCCUCAGAGCAUCGCAACAACUGUCUCCACCUUUGGUUUUAACUGUCACUGUUUAAGAUCAACAACAGAUUUACUUUAAAUCAGGAUUAUUAAGUAGAGGCUCAAACAAACCAUUCAAUUGGCAGGAGUGUGACUUGAUGGGUAAAAAUCAUUUUUUAUUUCUCAAUUGUUUCAGUAUCACAAUCUCUCACUGUACCCCCCACCCCCCCACUUCCACUGAUUCCACACUGAUUUGAUUUGCACAGUUUGAGCUGCAGAGUCACGUUCAGAGUCCAUCCUGUUUAUGUUGUUGUUGCUAGUGUGUGGAGAACCUGUCGUGUGUAGUAACCUGCAGUGAUCUUCUUCUGUUUCAUAUGUAGCUGUAAAAUGUAAAGUGCAUUUGAAAUCUGAUAAAUUAUUAUGGAAGUAUUUAAUUAUAUAGAAAUCUACAUGGCGACAAGAGAAUUGAGAACAAAUGACCAGAGGGGUUUGAGGUUUAGAGGAAAAUAAACACUGAACUGUUAAGUCAUCUGUCACAGUGAGAACACAGUUUUGAUGUAACUCAUUUGUAAAGUGCAGUGAGGAUGUGAAGAGUUGAUGUUAUAAAGAAAAAUCCCGUGGAGUCACUUUUUUAAUCAAGUGUAAAGAUGCAGUGUGAAAUCCAGAUGUUCUGAAACUCAGCAGGAUGUCGUGUAGCUUUUGAGACCAAAACACUUCUAUCCAGGUGAAGUGAAGAGCCUGAACAGAGUAAUUCAAUCCAUUUUUAAUGAGCUACAUAUCUACGGCUGUUUUCAGAAAUAUUUUCCCCUCUGAGCAGUCAGGCCUAAUAUGACAGUGACCAGACUUUCAUGAAGUGUUUCCUGAAUGUUGAUGGUCCCCAGAAGCCGACUCCUACCUUCACUUUAGUGCCACCAUCAUGUUGAAACUUGUACAUGAAGAUAAAGAAAACAGAUGUGCUUUCUAGUUGUCUGUCUGUGCUGUACAGCAGCUUGUAACACCACAAGCUUUAAGUGUUGUUUUUCAGCCACAGUUUUUGUGUGUGUUGUAGUUAAAGCUUUCUAUUGACACUUGAAGGUUUCAAGAUCUUGUUGUUAAUGUGCUUUCUGCCAAAGGUUCAUUUUAGAUUUGUUGUCUCCUUUGUGACUUUUCACUUCUGGUUCCAAAACUAUCGCUGUAGAGAUUCUUAAAAUGUCAGUCAUUU